CGCAGUCCGGAGCUCCAAGGUAGAAGGCGCCGAUGCCUCGCUUUGGAGCGCCGCGCCUCGCUCGGGACUGAAGGAGACGACGCUUCCCCGGAGCAGCCGAGAUCCAACUCUAUGUAAAGACGGAACCGCCACCGCAGCCGAAACCCGAGUCGGAGAAGCCCCCGCACGAGGAGCCCCCGCCAAGCGAGCCCGCCGCCCCUCCCACCAUUCAGCGAGCAAGAAACCCUCCAGAUAUGCCCUGCGUGCAAGCCCAGUACAGCCCCUCGCCUCCUGGCUCAACGUAUGCAUCUCAGAGCUUUGCCUAUGGCUCAGAGUACAAUCCUGAGAUCAUGAACCCUGACUACAGCAAGCUGACAAUGGAACUGAGCAGUGCUGAGAUCAGUGCUACUGCUACCACCUCUCUACCCAGCUUCAGUACUUUUAUGGAGGGCUACGCUGGGGGCUAUGAGCUCAAGCCCUCCUGCCUAUACCAAAUGCAGUCCGCCUCUUCUUCCUCCUCCUCGCCUUCCUCUUCUGCGAGCCAGAGGCCCCUCAUUAAGAUGGAAGAUAAUCGGAUGCACAGUUACCACUCAUCACUGCCUCCUUCCAUGGAAGAAGGUGUGGCAAACACCCCCAUGUAUUUCAAGCAGUCGCCACCUUCCACACCCACCACGCCUGGUUUUCCUUCCCACCAGGCUCCCUGGGAUGAACCACCACCCCCACACCCUCUUCCACCAGCACAGACCUGCAUGGCCCCAAGCCAUUUGAUGGACACUGCCCCUAUGAAAACAAUGUCUAGCCGCUUCCCACUCUUCCAUUUCAAGCAUUCGCCACCCCACACACCCACUGCCAGCGCCCACAUGUGCUAUGAUGCCACCGCCUUGAAUCUACCCAUUGGAUCGGAGAGGUCUACUGCGAGCCAAGCAGCUAUGGAAAAUCACCCGUAUGGCCUCCCAUUGUCCAAGAGAGCGGCCACCUUAGCCUUCUCACCAUUGGGACUCAAUGCAGCCACGUCCAGUCUGCUGGGUGAGAGCAGUGGUAGCAGCAGUGGCCUCCCUUCACCCCACAGCCGAAGUUCUUCAUCAGGAGAGGGCACAUGUGCAGUAUGUGGGGACAAUGCUGCCUGCCAACACUAUGGGGUGCGAACAUGUGAAGGCUGUAAAGGCUUCUUCAAGAGGACAGUUCAGAAAAAUGCAAAAUAUGUUUGCCUGGCUAAUAAAAACUGCCCAGUGGAUAAACGCCGUCGAAACAGAUGUCAAUACUGCCGAUUUCAGAAGUGUCUCAGUGUCGGCAUGGUAAAAGAAGUUGUCCGCACUGACAGUUUAAAAGGGAGAAGAGGCCGACUACCUUCAAAACCAAAGAGCCCGUUGCAGCAAGAGGCUUCCCAGCCCUCCCCACCUUCGCCUCCAGUCACUAUGAUGAAUGCUCUUGUGCGAGCUUUAUCUGAUUCUGCACCCAGGGAGCUUGACUAUUCCAGAUACUGUUCCACUGAGCAAGCUUCUGCAGGUACAGAUGCAGAACAUGUACAACAGUUCUAUAAUAUUCUUACUGCCUCCAUUGACAUAUCCAGAAGCUGGGCAGAAAAAAUUCCAGGAUUUACAGAUCUCCCAAAGGAAGAUCAAACUCUUCUCAUAGAAUCAGCUUUUUUGGAGCUACUUGUAUUGAGACUGUCAAUCAGAUCUGACACUGCUGAAGAUAAAUUUGUUUUCUGCAAUGGACUUGUGCUUCAUAGACUUCAGUGCCUUCGUGGAUUUGGGGAGUGGCUCGACUCAAUUAAAGACUUUUCCUUAAAUUUACAGAGCCUCAGCCUUGACAUCCCAGCCUUAGCAUGCUUAUCAGCUCUAAGUAUGAUUACAGAACGACAUGGAUUAAAAGAACCAAAGAAAGUGCAUGAGCUAUGCAACAAGAUCAUGAGCAGCUUGAAAGAUCACUUAGCCUUCAGCUAUCAGAGUAAAGGACCACCUUUUGAGCCCGCAGAGUCUAAGGUCCUUGGUGUCCUUGCUGACUUGCGCUCUCUCUGCACGGUCGGACUGCAGCGUAUCUUUUACCUGAAAUUGGAAGAUUUGGUGCCGCCACCUUCCAUUAUCGACAAGCUGUUUCUGGACACCUUACCAUUCUGAGAGUCGGAUUUACCCUCAAGAAAGGUAACUGUCUAUCAAAGUGGGCAUAGAGAUUGGAAUUUACUGCUAACAACGUUCCUCUCAUCUAACAGUGUGGGAAGCAGUUCCAACGCUAAGCCGUGGACUUUUCCUAAUGCAUUUUCUUGCAAAGUGAGGCCUAAAACCUAACUUACAUUUCUGAAGAUAACAGAUGGGGAGUUGGAUGUGGUUUUGUUUUGCUUUUAAUUGCUAAAUAUGGCACUUUUGAAUGAUAUUAUCCCAGCUAGAAGAAGGUGUUAAUAUGACUGUUUUAACUUUAUUGCAUAGCAUCUCAUCACAGUUGAUGAGUAGAAAAUUGUAGAUGCUACAUGUGUGAAAACUGAAACAAUAACAAAUUGUUCAUCCAAGUUGUGUGUAUUUUAUAGUUUGAACUUUUAUCUUACUUCCCAUGCCAAAAGCAUAUUAUGCUGGCAUAAAUUAAAAUGCUUUCUUUCUCAACUUCUCCGCUCCAAACAAUGUUCAUUCACUAUUUCCUAUGAAUCAGAUAUAGCAAAAAGACAAUGGCUGUUAGCUCCCAAUCUCAAGUGCAAUUUUAAAGUGCUGUCUUAAUAAGUCUUGUUUAUUAACUAUAAUUUAUUUUAAUAUGAAAAAUGAAAAUAAUAGAUAUAAAAGUGAGUGAGGAAAAUGGUUUUACGUACAUGCAUUAACUUCCAUAACAGAGUUUCUCAAACUUUGAAUCAAUGUAGCAUGAUUCACAAGCUUAAGCAUUCGGCAAGGAACAAGAGCCAGUUGUGAUAGUCUCACAAAUGUUGGCUGAAUUACGUAAAUAACAAUGUAUAUUCAAUGAAACAUAUAGGGUCAGCAUCAGAGUGUGCACUGGGCUUAGCACUGAAUUUUGCUAAUUGAUUAGAAAACAAAUAUGAGACAGUUCAGAAAAAUGAACGUAAAUAAUAGGGAGGGUUUAAUGGGCUGUGUUUUAAACAUUCCUUGUAUGUACUCCCCUUCUUCCCUUUUUGUAUGUUUAUACUGUUGAUGCCAUAUUAAUAUGAAGCAAUUUGUUGCAUUGUGUCUUUAUUUGUAUAAAUAUUUGUAUGCAUGAUAUAUUGUAAAGCUUUGCCUGUAUUUAUUGCUAUGACUGCCAGCUCAAGGGAGCCGUGUUACACAGCGUGACUAAAUAGUGUGUUCACACUGACUCAGAUAUAUAAUGGGUGUGAGUGUGGGUAGUCUAUCACACACAUGCAUAUGUAUGUGUGCAUUUUUAUUAACUAGUUGUACAUAAAAUCUGUCCUUUCACAAGCAAACCUUAUCUUACUGUUUAUUUGCAGUGACUUUUAAGGCAGUACAAUUUAGCACUUUGAUAUUAAAAAUAUUGUUCAUGUUUUGCUAAAUUAAAUAAUAUUUAAAUAUUUUCGUUCUUUACAAAAACAUUUAUAUGCACUGUACUAAGUCAAGGUUUCAUUGGUCCUUUUGCUAAGAAAAAAAGAAAACCUUUUGAAUGUCAAUCUGAUGUCCCUGUAUUUUUUGUUAGCUUUAAACACUCUACAGUCAUUUUGUCCUUUUUUAAAUGACCAUGUUGUUUAUAUGGAAAUUAAAUCAUAUAAUCCAGUAUAUGCCAAAACUAACUGUCCAGUAGCUGCAGUGAAUAAUCUAGCUAUCAAGCUAUUAUCUGGGUUUCAAAACGUUUCUUGACUUUAUCAAUUCUUAUGUCUGGACAUCUUGGGGGGAGUGGAUUUAUUCUUCUAUCAAAAUUAGUAAUAGUGUCAAUAGGGAAACAUGCUUCUAAUCAGUAUAGCUAAUAAUUUCGGUUUACUUACAGAUAAUAUUUGAAAAUGUAUUGCUUUUUUAUAUUGACUGUAUGUGCAAACAGAAUAGCAUAAUUAAAUAUCAGAGGAAGCUGAUUUUUUUCCCCUGCAGGUUUGAUCACACUUCCUGACCUGCAAGGCAAACAUAUUUUGAUUUAAAUUUAAAUUUUUUGUACAAAUUGUGUACACAAUCACAAUUGAAUUUGAAAAGUUAUGCCACUGUUUUUACACAUGUGCAAACUAUAUAAUCAUCAUUAACCCACUGGAGUGAAUAUGAACUUUUGCGAUUAAUUUUGUUAAGGUUCAUGUUUCAAUAGUUCUGGUAGAAUGUCAUCCUUCUUUGACAAAAAAUAGUCCACAAGAGGCAUAAAAAGCCUAGUUCUCACUGAAGUGAACGGAAGCUGAAGAUUCAUGAUACUUCUUCACACAUUUGAGUCCUCAGGUGGAAAUUGAUGGGCUGUUAAGAUAUAUCAGUUAUUUUUUACUUUAAAAAAACUAACAGUUCCCUGGAAAGCUGUAAGAUUUCAGAAAAUUGUGUUACGGUUCAUGUACUCAUGCUUUGGUGUUCCAAGGAUUUUGGUUUUAAAACAGUAUGAUUUUGGUGGGCAUUCUCGUUGCCGAUGCAGUUUUAUUUUAUUUUUAGCAUUCAGAAAAAAAUGUUCACGUAAUACAACCGUUGAUAAAUCUCAAGAAAAAGAGAUAAAGAACAAUUCCAAGCUGAUGAAUCUAUUCCUUUUAUGAGACUUCUUAGUGUGCAGAUAUGUCUUGUUUCAUGGGCAAAAAAAAAAAUCAGGAAUAUUACAGCUAUUAAAUGAGAGUGCCUUGCUUUUAUUUCAGACAGAGUGCUUCAGAUGUUCCUUGGCUCCUCUAACAGCAGCGAGAGAAUGUGUGGAUGUGUGUAAGAGAGGGACGGAGGGAGGGAAUGUGUGUGCAUGAACAUGAGCAAAUGAGUUAACCUGUAGGGCUGAAGAAAUGUCUGGUACAUAUCCAAUGUAAAUUAAAGUGAUUAAAUUGAAUGACAUUUUUCUCCAAGGCCCCAUGUGUUUUGAGUAAGUAUGCUUAAUUCUGUUAAUGUCUGAUGUGAAUUUUUUAUCUCUGAGAAAACAUUAAAAAUGUAUCUGCUCCCGUACUAAAAGUGGGAACAUGCUUGGGAUCACUGAAAAAUUGAUAGCAAGAACUUGGACGGCAUAUCUGGAAGACUGCUUAUCUUAUAAGAUAACUGCAAUGGCAGCUUACAAAAGUGGUAGAUAGGUUUAUCCGUAGUAUCUUCUAUCUGACAUGGGGUCUUACUAAAUACCGUAGUGAAAGACAGUACAUAACAUCAGAGAGCCACGAAUGGUAUCUACCUUUUUUUUCCUUCCAUUUACCAGCCUGGCUCUUCUGCCUCUUAUAAGUAACCUAUGUAAAGUUUGUUCUAGAAUGUGCACCUGUCAUUUAAGGAACCAAUCAGUCAAGGUGGACUUAAGGAAAAAAGAAAAGCGUUUGCAAACCUGGGAUAGAUGAAUGUGUUUUGUUUAAUAAUAAAAUUACGUUAGUGUUUGAAACAACGAAAAGUGUCUGAGCAAUUCUUAACAAGCAACAAUAUAAUGCUAAAUUAUUUCGAUUGCCAUGACUGCUCUGCCAUGUUUUCUAGAGAUGUGCAAUUCGGCAAAAAGGCAUGCCAUUUUGGGGUCCAUUGUCGGCUGGCCCCUCAUUCUUUUUACCAGAAAGUUAUUCGAAUGGGGAGGAGUUUUGCCAUUUUCAUUUGGCAAAGAUUCAGCCCAUUGGCUACAAUGGGAAACUUUAAAGCAGGGGUCCUCAAACUUUUUAAGUGGAGGGCCAGUUCAUGGUCCCUUAGACUCUUGAGGGGCCAAAUUAUCAUUUGAAAAAAAAUACGAACAAAUUCCUAUGCACACUGCACAUGUCUUAUUUGUAGUGGAAAAAAUCCCCAACAUCAAUAUUUUUUUUAUUUAUUACAUUUAUACCCCACCCUCUCUCACCUCAAAGGGGAGUCAGAGCGCCUUACAAGUUGUAUGUACAUAUAAUAUAUAUUAUUAGCAUAUCACAAUAUUAGCAUUAUAUAUUACUAUAUUGUACUAUACCACUAUACUGUAAUAUUAUUAGUAAUAUUACAUUUAAUACAUACUGUAUAAUUAAUAUUAUUAUAUUGUAUUGUUAUUAGUAUUAUAUUGUAUUACAUUAUAUUAUUAUCAAUAUUAUAUGUAUACACAAUAUAUUAUAUUAUUACCAUAGUACAAUAUUAGUAAAUGAAAGAACAAUACAAUAUUUAAAAACUAAAAAUAAUUUUAACUAACAUAAACCUAUCAGGAUUUCAAUGGGAAGUGUGGGCCUGCUUCUGGCCAAUGAAAUAGUCAAGUUAAGUAGGAUUGUUGUUGUUGUUGUUGUUGUGUGCCUUCAAGUCAUUUCAGACUUUGGGCGAGGCUAAGUCUAAAACUGAAUGUGGGGGCCAGGUAAAUGACCUUGGAGGGCCGCAUCUGGCCCCUGGGCCUUAGUUUGGGGACCCCUGCUUUAAAGGCUCAAUCCUCAGCCAUUUUAAGGUCUAUCUGCAUGAAACUAUCUCAGUUUUAGUUCUCAUUUAUGACUGCAGGCCUUCCAAGUUUCAAAACACCAAUCUACUAUUUUUUAAGAAUUAUUUUAAGUUUUAACCAUAACUUUUUUAAAAAUAAGACAAACCGCAAGAGAGGGUUCUGGGAAUUGUAGUCACUGGUUGUGUCUAUUCUCAGCCAAUCAGAACAUGGAUACAACUAGGCUUUUUAUCGGCUGGGAACAGAGAAACACACACAGAGAGAAACUUAAUGCUCUAAGAAGAACUUUUCAAUGCCCGCCCUAUCCAAGUGCUGCUGGGAAAGUGAGUUCCCAAGGCCUUCUCUGGAGGAGGAGGGAACUUUCCAAGAAAAAAACGACAGAGGCUGCUUCUGCCAGAGAGAGGGAGAAAACAGCAGCAGAUCCCUGCCUCAGGUAUAUUGCAGACUUAACUCUUUCCCCUCCAGAACCGAUAAAAUCUGGCUCCCUUAAUCUGUUUUGCCGGGCAUUUCGUCUCCCUCCUCCCCAUUCUGAUUUCGGAGAUUAUAUAAAACGGCCCACCAACAAAGCACAAAUCAUUUUUGUUUAAACUGAUUCAGACCCAAGCCUAAUGCCUUCUGCAACACAAAGCAUUCUUGGCUUUUUCAUAUGUCCUAGAAGUGUGUAUUUUAUAGUUUGAACCUUUAUCUUACUUCCCACCUCCUCUCAGAGACUGUUUCAUGGGAAACAGAUUUUCAAAAAGGAGUUUUAAAAACUUCAGUUAUUCUUUCUUGUUCGUAACCCAAACAUGUCUUAAGAGCUUUUAAAAACCAGAUGCUAAAUAUAUUUUCUAAAGUUAAUGGAUACAAAAAUAAAAUGUAUUUGAAUUGUGUUCAGUCUGAAAUGGUGUUGAGCUAAUAAAAGUGAAAAGCAUUGCUUUUGAUUAAUUUUUCCCAUAAAUGAUUUAGGAACACUUAUCUUUAUAUAUAUACCUGUCCAAGUACAGUAGAGUCUCACUUAUCCAAUACUCGCUUACCCAACAUUCUGGAUUAUCCAACGCAUUUUUGUAGUCAAUCUUUUCAAUACAUCGAGAUAUUUUGGUGCUAAAUUCGUAAAUACAGUAAUUACUACAUAGCAUUACUGUGUAUUGAACUACUUUUUCUGUCAAAUUUGUUGUCUAACAUGAUGUUUUGGUGCUUAAUUUGUAAAAUCAUAACCUAAUUUAAUGUUUAAUAGGCUUUUCCUUAAUCUCUCCUUAUUAUCCAAUGUAUUCGCUUAUCCAACGUUCUGCCGGCCCGUUUACGUUGGAUAAGUGAGACUCUACUGUCUUCUGGAGCGGGCUGAUAUCUGUCUGAUAUCCGGUGGCUCAGUGUGUUAAAGCGCUGAGCUGCUGAACUUGCAGACCGAAAGGUCCCAGGUUCAACCCCAGGGAGCAGAGUGAGUGCCCACUUUUAGCCCCAGCUUCUGCCAACCUAAGCAGUUAGAAAACAUGCAAAUGUGAGAAGAUCAAUAGGUAGCCCUCUGGCGGGAAGGUAACAGCGUUCCAUGCAGUCAUGCCGGCCACAUGACCUUGGAGGUGUCUACGGACAAUGCCGGCUCUUCGGCUUAGAAAUGGAGAUGAGCACCAACCCCCAGAGUCGGACACGACUGGACUUAACGUCAGGGGAAACCUUUAACUUUACCUUUAAUGGGAACAAUAUAGAAGAUGACCUCUUUAUCUGCGCCAUUCUGAUUUUGGGAUGCUCUCUCUUGGGAGGCCUAUUUGACAUUAAGACUGACUUCCUUUGCUCCAAAUAAAAAUAUCUUUUUCUUGAAACAUUUGAGGCCUAAUUAAUUAAUUCCAAAAUGCACAUUCACAUGGUUCUAAAUGGAUACAAUGUUUAAAACUUAUUUUAAACUGUCAGAUUUCUUAAUAUACUUUUAGUCUCCCCCCCCCCCCCGACAAAGCCUUUCCAUCUAUAUAUUUCCAUCUUGUGAUUGCAUCUAAGUGCUGCAUACAUACCCCUAUGUAUUUGGUUUUUGGGCUCUACCCCCAAAUGGGGUUUAUUUGGAGUUGAAACCCUGCCAUGGAUCAUGAAAGGUAUGUAUAUCAAGUUUAGCUGAAAUCCAUCAAGCCAUGUAGGAGUGUUUGCACAACAAACGUACAAAAACACAUGUGUUCACUUUUUGUAUAUACAGUAUAUGUAUAGAGAUAAUUAGCAUACAUAUAUAGCUUUGCUCGGAUAUUGGGGGCCACUACCUGCCUGCUUUUUCCCUUCUCUACCUCGAAGAAGGCCUAUCUCAUAAUGUCUCCAUGGCACACUGGCAACCGUGGACAGGCUCUUUGUGUCUCUUUCCUUCCUUCCUCCAUUUCGCUUAUAUACCUUCUUGGCCUCUCUUUUCUUCUUUUCUUUCCUUCUUCCCUUAUUCUUUCUAAUAGACUUUGCCCCUCAUACUUCUUUUUCUUUUUUGUCCUUCCAAUGCUUCCUUUCUUUCUCCUUUCUCUUUCCUCUGACCCUUGAUUUUGUCCUUUCUUUCCUUUUUUCUUCCCUUUCUCCAUUUUCCUUCCCUCCUUUCUUCCUUUCCUCUCCCCCUUCCCUCCCCCCUUCCCUCUUUUUUGUUUCUCCCUCUCUUCUCUAUUUCCCUUCUUUCUUUCAUUCCUCCCCCCUUCAUACAUUUACUUCCUUCCCUUCCUGCCUGCCUCCUUUUUCUUUCUUUCCAUUCCCUCCUUCCCUUACUUUUCCCCUUCUUUUUCUUUACCACUGUGCUCCACUCCUUUUAUUUCUCAUUUACAUGAUAGAGGCUGACCCACCUAGCCACAGCCAACACGCUUUGCUCCUUUUCUUUCCCUUUGAAGUGGAGGUUAUACUUUGUUGGCUUCUAUAUAAGAUUAUUUGAGUUUAUUUUAUGAAGUAAAAUGAUGAGAUGAUUCAUAUAGUUAUCGAAACCCUAGGAUCCCAAAAGAGGACUCCCAAACCCACAGCCAUGGAAUGGUUUCAAUAGCCAAGUCCAACGUGGCAUUUUACUCAGAAGCCUCUGGUGGCACAGUGUGUUAAAGCGCUGAGCUGCUGAAGUUGCGGACCAAAAGGUCCCAGGUUCAAAUCCCGGGAGCGGAAUGAGCGCCCGCUGUUAGUCCCAGCUCCUGCCAACCUAGCAGUUUGAAAACAUGCAAAUGUGAGUAGAUCAAUAGGUAUCGCUCCAGCGGGAAGGUAACUGCGCUCCAUACAGUCAUGCCGGCCACAUGACCUUGGAGGUGUCUACGGACAACGCCGGCUCUUCAGCUUAGAAAUGGAGAUAAGCACCAACCAGAGUCAGACAUGACUGGACUUAACUUCAGGGGAAACCUUUACCUUUACUAAUUUGAGUUAACCUUCACAGAUUACUUUUAGGCUGGACACAUAUGUUUCACAAAGACUCAACAGCGGGGAACAUAAGAAAACCCCAUCACCCCUUCUGGCAGUAGGCAUCAUCCCUUAACAAUGCCCCCACACACCAAACAAAGGAGCCAAACCAAAGUUGCCCAAUGUGUCACCUCCUGAAAACCCAUUCAUGCAGGCUGACACCAUUGCUAUCCAAUGUUUCACCAGCACAGGUCAUUACCCUCACCCAGGAAGAAGAAACUACCAUCAUUGACAACCAUUACCUCAAACCUACCCACAUUAUUUCCAUUCCCACACCCAUGAGGCGAAAAAAGCAACAGCCACAAAACUUCAAACUGAGCAAUUUAUUAAAGUUUCCUCCAAACCCAGAGACCAAUCAUCAACAAGGGCAGUCAGUGCCUCACAGCCAACCCGCCUGCAGAUUCUAGCUGGCCAUAGUCAACAGUCAGGGCAGCAGAAGUGCUUUGUUUCAAACUGCUUUCAGAACCCUAUAAGUAUUUCUGUAUGUUUGCAUUGAGUUAUGUCAGUUUUUGGAGUGCACAUUCUGCUGACAUCUACUUUGACCAAGGUGAAUAAAUGCCUCUGUUCUUUGCCUUCA